CGAGGGCGGGAAGCCGAGGAGCUUGUGGGGACACUCGGCCGAGGUGGGCAGCGCGGCGGGGCCCCGGGAGACUGCCGGUCUCAGGGCCCCACGACCGGCUUUCCUGUGUCACCGCCAGGGCAGGCCACUGAGCUCCAGGAGGAGGACCCUGAGAAUUCCAAUGAAGAACGGGCUCUGAGGCAGCAAGUCACACCUUCUUGGGUGGCCUUCAGAAGGGAACAGAGUAAAGACCAGAAGGCAACAUCCAGGGUACCAUUAAGCAAUGAAUAUGGCUUGAAGGAACUGUCAGGCACAGCAAAUUGGUGACUGCAAGUGACUCAGAGCAUGCCCAGAAACCAAUGUCCCCUCUUGGAGAAGCAUGUGCCUUUGGAAAGCACACUAGACAAAUAUCAGAACUCAGGAGAAAGGAGAUGGACAUGAAGAUGUACAGCCUACAAGAAAGAAAGGGACAUGUGUACCAAGAGGUCAAGGAGCCCCAGGAUGAUUACUACCUUUAUUGUGAGAAGUGUCAGAACUUCUUCAUCAACAGCUGUGCUGUGCAUGGACCCCCUACAUUUGUAAAGGACAGUGCAGUGGACAAGGGGCAUCCCCACCACUCAGCCCUCACCCUGCCCCCUGGGUUGAGGAUCAGCCCAUCAGGCAUCCCUGAGGCUGGGCUUGGAGUAUGGAAUGAGACAGCUGACUUGCCAGUGGGUCUGCACUUUGGCCCUUAUGAAGGACACAUCACAGAAUUUGAAGAGGCAGCUAAGAGCAGAUACUCCUGGCUGAUCACCAAAGGGAGAAACUGCUACGAGUAUGUGGAUGGAAAGGACAAAUCCUGGGCCAACUGGAUGAGGUAUGUGAACUGUGCCCGGGAUGAUGAAGAGCAGAACCUGGUGGCCUUUCAAUACCAUGGGCAGAUCUUCUACCGAACCUGCCGGGUCAUCAGGCCGGGCUGUGAGCUGCUGGUCUGGUGCAAGGAUGAGUAUGGCCAGGAGCUGGGCAGCAAGUGGGGCAGCAAGUGGAAGAGACAGCUCACGUCCGGGAGAGCAGAACCAAAGCCAGAGGUGCACCCAUGUCCCUCCUGCUCUCUGACCUCCAGUCAGAAAUUCCUCAGCCAACACGUGAAAUUGAAUCAUUCCUCUCAGAUUCUCCCAGGAACAUCUGCAAGAAAACACCUCCAAGCAGAGGAACCCUGUCCAGAGGAUCAGAAUCAGAGGCAGCAAUGUACUAAUACCUGCAGCUGGGAUGAAAAAGCUGAAGGUCAAGAGGUCAAAGAAAGGUCCAACCUUUUGCUUAAAAGGAUCAGUCAGAGGAGAAACUUAAGAUCCUUUUUCCAACCUUGCAAAGAACAAAUGAGGAGCUCUAGUGAGCAUGAGAGAAUGAUGGAGGAAGAGCCCUGUAGAGGCCAGAAAGAGAGUCCUAAGGACACAGGCAAGAUAUUUGUGAAAGUAGGAAUGUCAAGAAUUAUAACAAUCAAGUAUGGAAGGUGUUGGCAAGGCUUCAAUGAUGGCUCACAUCUCAUUAGAGACCAGAGGACACACUCAGGAGAGAAUCCCUAUGUUUGCAGGGAGUGUGGGCAAGGCUUUACACAGAAGUCAGGUCUCUUCACACACCACAGGACACACUCAGGGGAGAAGCCCUAUGUUUGCCAGGAGUGUGGGAGAGGCUUUACAUGCAAGACAAGUCUCAUGACACACCAGAGGACACACUCAGGGGAGAAGCCCUAUGUUUGCAGGGAGUGUGGGAGAGGCUUUACAUGCAACUCAAUUCUCAUCACACACCAGAGGACACAGUCAGGGGAAAUGCCUUAUGUUUGCAGGGAGUGUGGGCAAGGCUUUACACGGAAUUCAGCUGUCAUCAGAGAACACACGCAGGGAGACCUAUGUUUGUGGGUGGACUGAUUGAGAGAUUAGCAUUAAGUUGCAUAUCAACAGCCACAGGAAGUCUAUGGCCCCUUACUUUCCCCAAGAUUGUAAGUACAGAAGUAACCAAACAAACCCUCCAGUUUCAUGACAAGAGAUGAGAUGGACAAACAGGUCCAUGAGUGAUACAGGAAUGUCAGCACCAAUCUCCUUCAUGGUUUUUUGACAUCCUAUUCUAACAAGUUUUAUCUGCAUGCCAAUGUGAAGCCCAUGUCCCUCAUUCCCCCAUCACUGAAAGCAGAGAGUUCAGGAAGAGCCACAGAGAGCUCACUGUCAGCCACAGAAAUAUGAUUCCUGCAAAUGCAUAAGUCUUUAGUCAAUCUACUCUGGUUUCUGCUCAGAGAGAGGGAUUUGAGACAGACUCUCGAGGAAAGGGAAUUCCCUGGACUCCUGGAAAUUGGGGCCUUUUCUCGUAAUAGGCUCCCUACCCUCCUCACUUGGCUUCCCUUGGCUAUUCCAGUUUCCUACAACCUCCGGAGCGCCAGAGGUGAACAGCAGGGAGGGCUUCUCCCCUGAGUGUGUUCACCCCUCAGCCAGACGUGAGCCUGGCUCAGUCUGGGCACCUGGUCUUCCUCACUCUCCUUGCUGCCCCUUCAGGGUCAGCAUUUCCUGGUGCACAGCAUACAGCUUCCACAUCAGUCCAUAGUGGGUGUGAGCCUCAGCUCUGUCUCCUCCAGUUGUGUGACCUAAGACAAGAUUCUCAACUUCUCUCUGCCUGCUUCCUAGUCUGUGCAAUGGAAAUGGGAACUCCAGCCUUUUGGUUUGACAUUCAAAGUUGAGUCAGCACAGACAGAAUCUGGCAAGAGGAUCGCUGAGAUCACAAGUCCUGCUGAACAGCCUUCAAUGCCCAUGUCUUCCGGGUCUUUAGUGUUGGACAAAGGAAGAUAAGGACAGGGUAGGGGUGUGUAGCCAAAUUCAGAAUUUGAGCAGACCCCACUGCUUUCCCCCAUUUAGACUCAGCUGCCCUAAGAAGGAGGCCUGAGGUGAGGGAUUCACUUCCUUCCAGGUCACCACCCUCCCACUGAGCCUGUGCACCCUCAGAGCCUCCUCAACACAGGCAGGUGGUACUUACUGAGAGUGGCCUGUGAAAGGAGACCCUCACCCACCCCUUGCUGAGAACUGACACUGGAAACAGCAUCUGCCUGCACUGGUGUGUUAGGUAGGAUAGAUAAUAAGCCAAGAUGGGGAGGAUGAGGAAGACAUGUCUCACCCACUAACUCAGCAGUCCUGAGCCUGGUACAAUUCCAUUGCUAGAUGUUCCACUAUCCCAAGACACACCAUGCUGACACAUAGAAAUUCUAGGUAUCAUUUCCACCAUCUGGG